CCGCCGGUGAGCGGCGGCUGCCGCUGUCACCGCGCCCGCCCUGCGCUGACGGGGAGCGCGGGUCCUGCUACACUGAAACUCAUCGCCGUCGCCAUGUAGCGCACUGACAGUUCUGCGCCGGCUUUGGGCUGAACGAGAACCGGCUGCGAGGGGCAAGACGGCGGACCCCGGGGGAAGGCGCCCGGUCGUCGCGGCAAAUCCGCCCUCCACGGGCCGCCGUACUUUUGCAGGAUACCCCCCGGCUCAGGGGUUAAGAAGGAAUUCACCGGGAGGGAAUCGGGAAGGAAGAAAACGAGCGACGAGCGGGAGGAUCCAAGCAGUGCAGGCGAAGAAGCCGCCCGGUCCCUCUCCUGACAGGCUGCGACGUGCACCACGGCGGGCACUUCCGAGCCCCCCGCUUUUAGCGAAAGGGGCGGGAGGGGGAGUUCAAAAGCAUAAACAAGGAGCGCAGGACAUAUUUCCUCCCCCUCUCUUUCCUCAAGCUGGCUUGCCCAGGCUCGCCAAUAGAUCCAGCUGGGCUAUGCACCGCGAUGGGAACGUGCUGCCGCGGAGGCUGCUCUCCCCUCACUGAGGAGGCUGCUGCUGGCGGCGCCGAGGCUGCCUUCCCCUCACCGAGGAGGCUACCGCCGCCGAGGUUGCCUGCCCACCCCUGAGGACACUGCUGCUGCCGCGGAGCUGCCUUGCCCCCAUUGAGGCAGCGUUACUGGGAGAGAUUGUGCCGCUGCGACAGGGGAGGACGGGGCUGGGCGCGCAGUGAGCAUGCGCCGCGCCAGCCGCUGACUGGGCUCUGCCAAGGUGCUGAGGGGAAAGAAAAGGGAAAAAAGAACAAGAAAAGGGAAAGGAUUGCGAGAAAGAAGAAUGGCAGGCGGCGGAGGAAAAUAAAAAAGGUCUAAAAGAGACCGCUCGGCCGGCGGGAAGGCGCAGCUCUGGCAUGUGGGGAUCUCCGGCACCAACAGUGCAUGAAAUGUGUUCCGGUACGAUUCACUGGGAAGAUUAGUGGGAAUCACGGAGCCCAAAUUAGAUAUUUUGAUGGCAUGACAAAUCAGAAAGAAGAGGAUGUACUGUAUGACUAGACACAAGAUCAGUUCUGUUUGUGGAUUACAUUUUCAGUAAGAUGUAUGGAUCUAUUUUUUCCUUGUUCUUAAAUAUAGAUCAUGAGACUUGACUGAGGCAAUAUACAUAUCAUCCAUCCAUCUAUGGCGAACUACAGCCAUGCAGCUGACAACAUUUUACAAAAUCUCUCUCCUUUAACAGCUUUUCUGAAACUGACUUCACUGGGUUUCAUAAUAGGAGUCAGUGUGGUGGGUAACCUUCUGAUCUCCAUUUUGCUAGUCAAAGAUAAGACCUUGCAUAGAGCUCCUUACUACUUCCUGUUGGAUCUUUGCUGCUCAGAUAUCCUCAGAUCUGCAAUUUGUUUCCCAUUUGUUUUCACCUCUGUAAAAAAUGGCUCAACUUGGACGUACGGGACUCUUACUUGCAAAGUGAUUGCCUUUUUGGGGGUUUUGUCCUGCUUUCACACUGCUUUCAUGUUAUUCUGCAUAAGCGUCACCAGAUACUUAGCUAUUGCCCACCACCGUUUUUAUACGAAAAGGCUGACCUUCUGGACCUGUUUGGCUGUUAUCUGUAUGGUGUGGACCCUCUCUGUAGCCAUGGCUUUUCCCCCAGUUUUAGAUGUGGGCACCUACUCGUUCAUUAGGGAGGAAGACCAAUGCACUUUCCAGCAUCGUUCCUUCAGGGCUAACGAUUCCUUGGGAUUUAUGCUUCUUCUUGCCCUUAUCCUCCUAGCCACACAGCUUGUCUACCUCAAGCUGAUAUUUUUUGUUCACGAUCGCAGGAAAAUGAAGCCAGUCCAGUUUGUUGCAGCAGUGAGCCAGAACUGGACUUUUCAUGGUCCUGGAGCGAGUGGUCAAGCAGCUGCUAAUUGGCUGGCUGGAUUUGGAAGGGGUCCCACACCUCCAACCUUGCUGGGAAUCAGGCAAAACGCGAACACCACAGGCAGGAGAAGGCUACUGGUUUUAGAUGAGUUCAAAAUGGAGAAGAGAAUCAGCAGAAUGUUCUACAUCAUGACAUUCCUCUUUCUGACCUUGUGGGGUCCCUAUUUGGUAGCCUGUUACUGGAGAGUUUUUGCAAGAGGGCCUGUAGUACCGGGGGGAUUUCUAACAGCCGCUGUCUGGAUGAGUUUUGCCCAAGCUGGAAUCAAUCCUUUUGUCUGCAUUUUCUCCAACAGGGAGCUGAGGCGCUGUUUCAGCACAACCCUUCUUUACUGCAGAAAAUCCAGGUUACCAAGGGAACCUUACUGUGUUAUAUGAGGGAGCAUCUGUAAAUCUUUAGCCUUGUGAAACACUACCAUUCUCUGCUAAGCAAUUGUGGCCUGUAGCCAUGUCUUGAGGAGAAAAUCAAGAAUGGGAUGUCAGCAGUUGUAAGGAUUUGGGCAACAUUCUGCAGUCUUUGCAAUAGCUCACCUCUAAUCCUAUUUUAAACCUAAACAUGUUCCUGCUGACCACUGCUGAAGGUUUGUAAUUAAGAACAAAGGACUGAACUACUGCCCUGAAUUCCUUUAUGUGGUUGAAAUCUAGAUUAUGAAAGUAGCAGGUGCUAAGUAUCAGUGCUAAAUGCUGUGUGUAUCACUACAUAAAAUAAGACCAUCAAAAAGAUUAACAUUGGACAUCUUAAUAAAUUAAGUUGAUAGGAGGUUAAUGUGUUGAUAAAACUAAUUUUAGACAUCUGAAGACCUUUAAAACAUUUCAUACAAUUGUUUUGCAAAGACUGAAAACUGGGGACUCAAGUACUGUAACUGAUUAAAGAUGUGCCAUGCAUUAUUGGAUUAUCACACUUACAAAUCUGUUUGCCUUGUGAGUAAGUUUUGGGGAGCAUUCCAAAGCAGUAUUUUUGUUCAGAUUUAGACUUUUUUUUUUUUCCCCCAAAAUAUAUUACUCUUUCUAAAUACCAUUUUCCUUAACAGUGAAAUUACUAACAUUUAACUGUAUUCUGCAGUUUUUGCUGAUUUGGUAUAAAGUUUAAUAGACUCUUAUUUAUAUUUUUUAAAAAGCUAGAUAUCGGUCUGUUAGGCAACGUUAACGAUAAUAUCCAGUCAUAAUUAAACAGUUAUAAUUAUACAGAAUAAACACAUGUUGCCUUAAAGGGUUAUCUAGUAUCUUCCAUUUUGUUUAGCAUUGAAGCAAAUAAGCAAGGAAAAUUGAAUCAAUAACUCUGGUCAGUCAUUUGGGAGUGCAUGAAAGAUCACUUAGUCCUCUUUUUUCCUUUCUACUCCAGUGGUUCCCAAAAUCAGUAUGCACAUCACUGGGAUUAUAUGAUUUUUUUCUAGGUGUGCCGCCCUUUCUAGUUUGUUCUGAGAAACACAGGCAGUUGAUGUAUGUUUAUAUUUUAAGACAGCUGUCAUGGGGAGACCGCAGCCUUAGUAUGAUAUCUUGCACAAUUUGUGAAGCAUUUAUUCUACUGAAGGCACAGUCUUGUUUAUAUUUUCUGCACAUUUUGGUGUAUUGGUUGUUUUAAAUUAUUUAAGUUUUAACUUGUGAAAGCAUAUAAUAUGAUUUCUUAGUAUUUUAGAAAUACAUUAGAGUCUGUGAGUCUUUCCUUCUUUAAGAUACAGAUGUGUGGAUUUCAAUAUAAAGUUGCAUUUGCCAAAAUUUACCUGUGUAUCUUGUUAAUUUUCUUGGAAUAAAAUUUUACAUUUUUCCAGUUAUACAAUUAACCUUUUUUAUUUUGUCUAGUGAGGUAGCAUGAAGUACUGAGAAUGUAGCCAUUAUGAAUUAUUAUCCUUUGCAGUCACUGUAUUCCCAAACUGUAAAUGCAUGAAUGAUGGGGACCACAGGAUUGAUAAAUGAUAUUAUCUACAGUAGCACUAUUGUGUAGUUUAUCAUAAUUACCCAUUUAUCUGUUCUAAUAUGUCAGCUAUAUUUAAAGUUACAACACAGUAUUUGACAUUAACUUCACAUUUUAAUUUCGGAAAAUGUGUGUAUUUGAAGCACAACAUCAUGAGUUGGUCAAUCAUAAAGAACAUGGAUUUUUCUUAAUUUUUGGAGAGACAAGACUGGAGGUCUUAAUUCACUACUGGUAUAUCUUGUCCUUUGUUAUAUUGUUAUGACCAGCAAGUUAAUAUAGACAUACACAAGCAGCAGUCAAUAAUGGAAACGCUUAAAUUUGUAUUAUAACAUUAUACAACAUAUGCAACAAUUCAGAGAGUUGUGUCUAUAUGUGAUCAGACAACUUGAUCAAAGAUUUGGUGAGCAAUCUGUUUGACCUCACUUACACUUUUAUACUGAGGUUGAUUGGUUGAGAGGCAUGGCUUUAUAUACUGUGUUGAAACAGAAAAAUUGCUAGAAUAAUGAGUCCUCAUCAGUACAAGAAUGUUUCAGAACGUAAUUUGAAAUGGGACCAAUAAACUUCUACCAAAAGGACUUUUUUAUUACACUGAAAAAGGCUUUGAAAUUAAGGUAGUUAAGCAAUUGUCAAAGAUAGCAAGAGUGAAUAAAAACUGGAUCGUAUGUUGAGAAAAAAUCUGAAAGUUAUCCCACUUAAGUUUAUUAAAAGGUUGAUUGGCAAUAACUUCAGUCUAAUUUCUAUAAAAUAGUAACCUUUACAAGGAACAUUGAUAUUACAUAUUGUAAUAAAGAAGUACAUAUAAAUAAAGUUGUAAAUAGUGUUAUAGUUGUAGAAGUAGUCGGUUUUGAAGAUUAGCCAGAAAAUUUUCAACUAUGAAAUUUCAAAAGCUGCAAAUCUGGGGCCUGACCUAACUCCUAAUAAAGUCAGUUGGCAUUUUCCCAUUAACUUCAUUUGGAGCAGAAGCAGGCCUAACAUUUCUAUAGUACUAUGCUUCUGAAAUACUAAGAAGGCUGUAAUUACUAUGCAGUGGGAAAAGAAAAAAUAAAAUCAAUUCAAAAUUAUUUCCCUGGAAGUUUUGCAAGCAGUAACUGAUGUAAAUUAAAAUAAUAAACAGUAAACAAGUCUGAAA